AGGUCAAUCAAAAUUACGGCCGUCGACAGGCUGUCAUAAGCCUAGCCUGAAAUUGGACCUAAAACAAGGAGUUUUGACCUUUGGUGUAAUUCAAGGUCGUCACACUUUCAAACACCAAGUUUACUGACGACUAAGUUUUUUGAUUGACAGCACUCCGCAUAUAUAAUAACACUCCAAAGUGACAGAGGAAUACGGUUCAAUAUAGUUAAUUUGACUAUAACCGUAUGCUCGACCGAAUCAAGCUCGAGGCUAGGCAGUUGUCGUUAGUGCCAUGGAAAGCCAUUCGUUACGUUCUGUUAUUUUUCUUCGUAGAGGUGAUCACGCUCGUAUAUGGCGUGAUAAUCUUCUUCUUGCUGUAUCACGUUUUCAUUCCUACCGUAAAAUUGGAGAGAAAUUUGGACUUGGUGUUUGAUACAAAAUGCAACGUUCAAAUGGAGUAUUCCAAUGUUUGCAGCUUUCCUAGUGCUAAUUUUUCGAUUUCAGAAGGUGGAGUGUCCUUAUUAACUCCUAAAUACCCUUACAUGCUCAUAUUGGAAAUGUGGUUGCCAGAUUCUUUUCAAAAUCGAAUUGCAGGUAUGACUAUCAUGACUUUAGAACUCUAUGGCAAGGACCAUGUUCUUGUAGGAAGAUUCAAAAAACCUUUCUCUUUACCCUAUCGUUCUAAUGAGGUUCGAACAAUCAGCAAUAUUCUUUUUGCACCAUUGUAUAUAAUUGGUAAAAUGAAAGAGGAAAUCCCGUUGGAAAUUGAAAUGGCGUCUAAUUACCAGUUUGAUACGGUUCAACCAAUCUUGGAGGGUCGCGUUAUUUUAGAAUCCAAGCGCUAUUUGUGGUCAUCUUUAGCGCUAAAAAUCCAAACAACUCUAGGUAGAAUACACAGCAUUUUGUAUUAUUAUCCACAACUUUCUUCAUCAUCUGCGUUUGUACAGUAAUACUCCUUAUGAACUUGGUGAUUAUUGCCCUUGUGAUUUUAUAUAUUUUUCGUGAGUAUUCCAAUAAACCAGAAAUUGUUAAAGUCCCAAAGCCGAAGAUGAACUGAAAUUCGAGCAGUUGGUUGGAGAAAUUAAACCGGAAGACAUUUCAUUCUGAAACUACCAUAUACAUCUGUGAAUACUAACUGUCUUUCAUGUAUGCUUUUUAAUUUACUAAUCUAUUACUACUGUCAGAACUCUUAAACUUUCACCCCAUAUUUUUAAUGAUUUUGAAAAAAAUGAAUUUACCUUUGAAUUUUUGUCACCUAAAUAUAAUUCGUGUUAUUGGUGACGGUUACGGGAUUCGUAAGUAUAAGUGUUUCGAAGUAAUUUUAGAAAUAUUCAAAUCCAGAUAUUCCCUUUUUUUAUCAUCAUACAUAUAUGGAUAGGAAAUACUCCCUAUACGAUUUUCGGAAUACAUUCCACGAACUGUGGUUUGGGAGGCGAUAAAUGCAUAUUAAGAUGCAAUAACUACACAACUGCAUUUUGGGUAGCAUAUGAGUUCUUCAAAAUACACAAUAAUUGCUCUUCCAAUGCUACAAAGUAUUCUACAAUUUAUUCGCGCAGUACGAUUAAUUCAUAUUCUAAAUUUAUUGUUUACCACCUAAAUAUCGACGCUUGAC